ACCUGACCUUGACCUAGCUUGAAGAAAGCUUGGCCAUGGCUUCCACUGAUGACUUCGAUGACAAUGUGAGCACAGUCAGCCUCACGGAUUCUGAAGCGCCUGAAUGGACCAAAUCGUCGACGUCGUCAAUCAGCACCAACCCGUUGGAAGAUUUGGCAGCAGAAUCCAAUUUGACCAGGGCUGCUCGGUGUGUCCAGCUUUGCUGGGCCAUCCUGUUUAAAGAAUUGGGGAAGAACACUUUGCAGGAGUCCAUGCUCGUGCAAGUUCAUGCCACUUCUUCAGCCUGCACUGGGGCACGCUGAGAUGGGCCAAGCGGUCAUUCAGAAAACAAUCAAUUCCUCCAAAAAACUGGACCGCAUGGUUGAAUUUACGAGCAUCAGAGCGCAUGAGACCAACAAGGGCUGCAGACAGCUCAUUGCGGAUCAUGUUCGCUGGUGUGGGACAGUGACCAACGAUCACUCACAGCCAUGUGUUCAUGGCGACCUCACUCAAAUCAUGCCAAGCAACAGCUUUGACCCUGAGAGCGGUUUCGAAGCCAAGGCAGCCCAGAUCAACCAAGCCAAGCUUCGCACCACCCAAUAUUGCUUUACGCAUGACCACCAGUGUCCAAUUUUUGGGAAGAGGGCUAGAGAAGUGGACCUGGAUGUGAGUGGGCUACCUUGCCCAGACUUUUCACGGGCUGGUGUAGAGAGAGGAAAAGAGGGACCCACAGCGAUGCUUUUCUGCAGCCAUGCCAAGUUUCAUGCUGCUUGGCAAACCCCAAUGCUGAUCAUCGAGAACGCGCCGGACCUGGAUUUGGGAAUGAUCACGUACUUGUAUUCCAAGCACUACAGGAUUCGGUGCCUGCGCGUGAUGCCAGCCCAUCAGGGGCACGCUGGUGUAGCCAGGGAGAGGGUCUACUUGAUUUUGACUUUGAAGAAGAGUGUAGUGGAGAUUGCAAAUCCUGAAAACAUGUACAAGAAGGUGUCAGACUUCAUCAUGAGCUGGGUCUGUACAGAACCGAAGGACUACAUGGUAUCCACCACGGCGGAGUACUACAGGGAGGCUUCCAAAACUGCCAGGACACGUGGUAUGCCUCUACGGCCCGUAUCCAACACUGAUCUUAAAGUCUAUUCACCGAUCCGGCGCCAGCGAUUCCAAGAGGAUGCUCUGGAUUCUCCGUACUCGAUGAGGUAUUUGCUGAACCAGCGGGAAAAAGCGGCGAUUGCCUUUACCAGUCAGCUGUACAAGCGCCGGCGCUCGCGAGAUGCUGCAGCGGACCCAAAUCUCUUCUUGAAUUUGAGCGACAACCCUGGGAGGCGCCUGUCUUGGAGUGGUUCAUGGGGAUGUUUGCCGACGUUCCGGACCAACAGCACACGCUUCUACAACUUCACGAGGGAGCAAUGGAUGACUCCGCGGGAUCGCCUAUGUGCCCUGGGAUUCCCGGUCACGCCAAACACUUGGCACGCAAUGGGCGUGCCCAUGCUACCAGUCCAGGAUGAGAACAGAGCGUCCAGCAUUGGAGGCAACUCCUUUCAUUUUUCAUCCGCUACAAUCGCGCAGCUGGUUGCCUUGGCUUACUAUAGGACCCAAAUGUCUUGUUGAGUAGAUUUUCCGCAGACCUUUCUGCGCUGCAAUCAUGCCUGAGGGAGACCAGGUAAAUACCCUCGGGCAGGUGAAUUCAAACGUGAGUGGCUCGAUAUAUGGGCGUCAAGUCGUGGAGCCUGUAAUUCCGUAGAUGACAGCCAAUCACCAUGUGGGGAAACCACGUGCUGACAUGCCGACGUGUCCGUUGCCCCAAACAGGUGAAAGUGUGUGCGCAAUUUCCUUAUUGCCUUAUUUCCUUAUUUGUCCCCUCUCACACUCACUCACAUGUCCGCUACCG